AUGGCGGAAUCGCUCAAAAAUCUCGUUGAAUCGGUUGGUAAUUUGUUUACCGAGGCGGGGAAGAAUGUAACCGAGUACGUCCAAGAGGGGAUUAAGAGCAUUGAGAAGAUUACCGCGGAGGGACAGAAGUUGCACGAUGCCAUUAUGCAAUCCGUGUCAGGAUUGCAGCAAGGCUUUCGAGCGAUCAUGGAGGAAGCCGAACGGUUGAUCGAGCAAAAUCGAACAAACCUUGUGUCCGCAAUUGACCGUACCAAAAGCACCGCCAAUGCUGCCCUUGAUGAGGUUGACCCCGGUAAAGCACAAGCGCAUUUCCAAAACGCCAAGGAUAGCUUGGGUCCGCUACUGGCAGAAAUUAAGGGCCAAGCCGAAAAAGAUGCCGAGAAAAUUGGCGCAGAAGCAUCUAAAGCUCUCCAGGACCUCAAACAGCUUCUACUUACCGCAAUAGACUCGGCAAAGAUACUUAAAGUUGCUUCCGAAAAAACGAUGGCGGAAUGUAGAGAGCGAUUGGAUAAGGAGAUCGAAAAGCUGAAAGCUACGGCCGAGGACGUUGGGAGGCGCUACGCAAAGGAUUUCUCCGAUGCCAUUGACACUAUAUCCAAGGAAAUGACGAAGGCUAUCGAUCAAGUGAAAUCAAUCAAGGAUAACGCAACCAAGGGAGCUGCGGAUGCCAAGGAGGCGCUGGAGAAGGCGGCGGAGGAUGUUAAAGGAAAAGCCGGCAAUUCCAUUGACGGCUUAAAGAAGGAAUUGGGAAAGUCGAUCGAAAAUAUAGAGAAGCAGUCGGAAAACGCGGUCGGCGAAUUGGCGAAGGACGGCGAUAAGGCAGUUACUCAUGCUCAAGAAGCUGCCUAA